AUGCCAGCCAUUGCCAAUACAACCAACAAAAAAACUAAACAAUCUCAGCCUGAUAAGCAACUCCAACAUGAGAAACAUUCCGGAGACAACAUUCCCAAAUCCACUCCCCAUUCCAAACGAAUUCACGUUGCUGGUGGUGAACCGGAAAAAGAUAACGCCAGUGAUAAAACUGUAUCUGAGGAUGAAAACCUCACAAAUGAUGCUCCUGUUGUCCCCGGCGACAACAACAACACAACUACCACGGGCGAAGAGACCAUUAAUACGCCCAACAGUCAAUUUGUAGCUAUCGACGUCUCCCAAAUGUCAAGUGCAUUCAACUCUGUCAAUCUUCCCUUCUUUGCCAACUUGCUUGCCGGAAAAGUCAUUUCUGUUUUGCCGUGCAUGAAGGAAGUCGGAGUCUCUUAUGGGGACCCUGACCCAUGUGUUAUUACUCCAGUUGUCCUCGCUCACGACCUCACAAAAAAUGAGGAUAAAGCUCGUCGCAUUCUUAAGUUUGCUUUCGAUGCCCAAGGUCACAACAUGCAGAACUUGUUCAGCGCGUCUCCUCGUCACUUCAAAUACCUUGUCGUUAACCCCAAGAACGAAGGUCACAAGAUCGUCUAUUCGAAGAACAACAAAGACGUAACGUUCUUUAUUGUAGGCAAGGUAACUUAUUGCAGCCUUGCUACUGGAGAAUACAAUAAAGAGAUCAACAUCCAACCGCUUGGUCGUCAAUGGCCAUGUUGCAUUGCUGUCAUCGCCCAAGUUCUCAAAUUCAACAAUCCUGUCAUGGGCACAUACAAGGACGGUAUGAUGCUGUCUUCCUAUCAAAAACCGGCUGAAGGAGGAAAAGAACCUACCAUCAAAAAAAUUCUGGUUGAUGGCUUCCACCACGGUCCUCCCAUUUGUGCCUGGAAUGAAGAAGUUCCCAUGUAUGCCAGAUCUGAUGCUUUCACGCUUACCAACUACUCUAGACUGGCUCGAACGGAUGAGUUCGAGGUCGGAUCUUACGUCCUUGUCGCCUUCACUAUAGGAGGCUAUUGUGCCAGGGAUGACCUCGAACGAGUGUCCUUGAACAUUCAAUUCACUAUCGGCUUAGAAGAUCACAGCCCCCUCGACGUUGGCGAUGUGACUGAUGCCUUUGUCCAAGAAUUCGGAGAUGAAACUCCACUUGGCAUCGACAACGUCACACCGAUGGCACUCUCGUCUGAGACGAUUGAGGCUAUCAACGUUGAGGACAUUCCUGCCGGCCCUAUGAUGUAA